GAACUUUUGGAGCGUAAAUGACACACAUCUAGGCCAAUCAGAAAAAGCUCUUACCGAGCUGAUUUCGACUUUAACCGAACACUUAGAACGCCAAAGACCGUGACGAAUUUUAAAGGUAACAUAAUUUUCUCAACUUUGUCUCUGGCUUUGUUUUUAGGUAGGACCGACCCGAAGUUGAUAUAUAAUUUGUAUGAUAAAGAAAAAUAUGUCAUACAUUACACAAAUUUCAAACAAUGUUUAAAGUAAGGUCUUAAAUCGAUAAAAAUUCAUAGAAUAUAAGAAUUUUCACAAUUACCCUAGUUGAAAUCUUAUUUUGAUUUCAAUACAAAUUUACGCAACCUUUCCAAAAAUGAAUUCGAGAAAGACUUAUUCAAAUACCUAAUAAAUUCAAUCUCUUUAGAAGACUAUAGAAAACGUGGAAAAACGACAAGAUAUUCGCUUGUGUACCCGAUGGUAAAGUGUACGCCGGUCUAAGGGUGCUGCCUUGAUUACACAGCCUCUGAGGUGUUUAAUGAUAAUUUUGUGGACAUCCGAAUCGAAAAAUUGAAAAUAACAUAUGAUAAGCCACUUCGCCAUAUUGGACUUAUUAAAAACAAUUAUGUAUGAAUUUUAUUAUGGCUACAUCAAGCAAAAAUAUGGAGAUCUAUCCAAACUAUUAUAUUCAGAUAUAGACUCUUUGAUUUUGAAAACUUUAGAGAAAAUUUGGAAUAUUUGACUACCAUUAUGCUUCCGAUAAUGUUUACAAUAUUCCGAGGACGCAAUCAUGUGUUGGUAAAAUGAAAGAUGAAUUUGCUGCAGUGCCCAUUGAAUUCUUCAUUGACACAGGUGCCAAAGUCUAUUACAUUGAGCUUGCCAAACCUUAUAACUAAUAUGACUUUGUGAAAAAGCUAGAGGUAUGUCAUGAAAACACCUAUCCAAGACAUGGACCAUUCAACAGUUCUUAGAAAGCUAAAGAAGGAAAAGUGGCAUCCCCACAAAGUAAGUUUAGUAUAAGAGCUUAUGGAAGAUGAUUUUGAUAGACGAAUUGACUUUUGUGAAAUUUUUAUGGAACAAAAUAACAGAGAUCCGAUGUUUUUAAAAAAGGUUCUUUUUUCGAAUGAAGCUAUAUUUCUACUAAACAGUCAUGUCAAUCGUCAAACUUAUCGGUACUGGGCUACAGAAAAUCCACACUGGAUGCAAGAGUACCGUACUCAAUACCCAGAGAAAGUUAAUUUUUGGGCGGGAAUAAUAGAUAAUAGGAUUAUUGGGCCCUACUUUUUCAAAGAAACCUUAACAGGUCCUCGAUAUUUAUAAUUUCUUCAAAACUUCUUGCUACUUGAAUUGAACCAGCUGUUUCCAAACAGAAAUGAUUUAUGGCUGCAGCAAGAUGGUGCGCCCCCACACUAUGCUGUAUUGGUGCGCAACUAUUUGAACAACGUCUUUCCAAAUCAGUGGAUUUCUCAUUGUAUUUUAACUGAAGAAAGAGGACACCGUCAAAGAUCAUGGAAAGAUAUGAAAAACUUGGAAAAUUGGGAGAAGGCAGCUAUGGCAUUGUUUACAAAUGUAGAAACAGGGAUACCGGAGAAAUAGUAGCCAUUAAAAAAUUUGCCGAAAGCGAAGAAGAUCCUCUUAUAAGGAAAAUAGCACUUAGGGAAAUUAGACUGUUGAAAAACCUCAAGCACCCAAACCUAGUCAACCUUAUUGAAAUAUUCAGAAGAAAACGCCGCCUUCAUUUAGUGUUUGAGUUCUGCGAUAGAACAGUUCUCAGCGAAUUAGAAAAAUAUCCAAGAGGAUGUCCAAAGCUGCUUGCACAACAAAUAAUUUGGCAAACGCUUCAAGCUGUAGCUUAUUGUCAUCAACGUGGAUGUAUUCAUAGGGAUAUCAAGCCAGAAAAUAUUCUCAUGACAGCAACAGGUGUGGUGAAGUUAUGUGAUUUUGGUUUUGCAAGACUGCUAAAUCCGGGAGAAAGAUAUACAGAUUAUGUAGCAACACGGUGGUACCGUGCUCCAGAAUUACUAGUUGGUGACACUCAGUAUGGUACACCAGUUGAUGUAUGGGCUAUAGGGUGUGUUUUAGCAGAAUUGAUGAAAGGAGAAGCGCUUUGGCCGGGAAAAUCAGAUGUUGACCAGCUCUUCUUGAUACGAUGUACGCUAGGAGAGUUAUUACAACGGCAUAUGCAAGCUUUAAAAAACAAUGAUUUCUUUAGUGGCAUUAUUUUACCAACUCUGGUACAAAUAACACCCUUAGAAGAACGAUUACCAAUGGUGGAUGCCACUACAUUAGACUUUCUUCAAAAAUGUCUAGAUUUGGAUCCAAUGAAAAGAUGGACUUGUGAGAAACUACUUGCACAUGAAUAUUUUGAUAAUUUAAGAAUAACGAAUAAAGCCGAUAUGAAAAAUAUUGAUAGGUUAGGAGAUAAAUCAAGGAAUUCACUUCUGGGAAAUACAUUGCCACAACUUUCCAGCUCGAAUUCAAUCAGCCCUUCCAAACCUAACAAUAACAUCCAUAAAUCAAAAAUGGAUCAUCUACCAACAAUUUGACAAAAAUUCUCACUCUUCAGUUGAUGUAAAAAAAUAUAUUGGCAACUGUCAUCUCAACCAACUCAGAAGAAACACAAUUUUAUACAGAAACUUUCUUCUCUCUAUAGUGCAUCUUCAAGAAAUGGAAGAUGAAGUAGCUUAGACUGCUAUUCGUGAAACCUGAAGCCUUUUGUUCCAACAGUGUUGUAACUUUGUUAGUGGAAGCAGUUAGACGAAAUCGCGUUGAUGAACAAAUGAACUUUUGAUCCAGGAAUACUCCUUCUGCCGUUCAAAAGCUCAAACUAAAUAUAAAUUAAGGGCUGAGGAUUCAAACCAACAUGAUCUUCAACCAUCAACAAGUUUCUUCUUCGAUUUAUAGCAUUUUGGCCCUUCGCCAUUUUGAACAUUUGCAACAGCUGUGCUCUUUUUAGUGAUAUAUUGUGAUGCAGUUUUGUGCAAACCCGACCCUAAACGGUGUGUAACUGUAUCCAAUAGCAAUAACAAUAAGUUGUCAUAUAAAAAUAUAUUUAUAUAUACUCGUUUAUAUUGUUUUUGGCUCAACCAACUUGUAUCUUCAAACAUCGAUAACCUUUUUGGUUAUGGCAAUUCCACUUCAACACCCAUUUUUUUUAAUAGCAAGUAUAAUCGGGUCACAUAACUUAAACACACUCUAUUUGAUUUUUUUCAAAUUCACGGAAUAACUUUUUAACUAAUUUAUUCAUUAAUCACACAAAAAAAUUAUAAUUUCGCCAAAUUAAUGGAUUAAACGUCCGAAAUGACUUGCUGUUAUAUGUUUUGUUGUGAAAUUGGAGAUUGAAACAGCUAGCGUACUUAAGAGAUCAUUUAUUACUAGUAAGACCAAAUUGCAUCGUUACUAUUUGUUAUAGUUAUCAUCGUAUAGAAGAAUGUCUUCAAUUCAUUAUAAUAAUCUCAGCAGUCUGCGAUAUAACAUAAUGUAUAUUUAUAAUAAUACUUAAAAUGGAAUACCAUUACUUUCUAUUUACAAUUAAAUAUAAACUACAGGAAGCCACAGAUUGGGAGUUUGGGGGCGAAAGCACUUUUGUUGGCGACCCACAGACUUUGGGUUCGAGUGACACAUUUUGAGACAUUGGCACAUUAUACUCUGAGUAACAUUUGUGAACAAUUGACUUUUCUUCAUCAUUAACGUUAUUAUUGCCCGGGUUAUUUGAUUAGAUUUUACAUAAUAAGGAGCAGGUAUUAAGUGUCAUCUGUUAUGACGGUAAAUGUGACCAGAAUUGUUUUGAAUCAAAUAUGAAGGGUGGUUCUUCAGAAUAUUAAUCUAGAGUAAUAAUCAGUUAUUAUUUAGUACCUUAUCUCAUUACAUUUAUAAAGAUCUAAAGCUGCUUUCUGCUAUGAUCUUUUGGGAAACGUAUCGAUAAUCAUGGGUUCUUUAGGAUUAAUUAAAUAUUCAAUACAUUGCUGCCAAUUUGGUACUAAGUUUUCAAUUUGGAAAGGAUUCUACACCAAAAUGUCAAUAUUGUAUAAAUUUCAGUAUUUCAUUAUAAUAAUCUCGGCAGUCUGCGAUGUAACAUAAUGUAUAUAUGUAUAAUAAUACUUAUGUGUAAAAUGGAAUACCAUUACUUUCUAUUUACAAUUACAUAUAAACAAUUGAUAUUUGAAACGAGACACUUGGUGUAUUUUAUUCAUCAACCUCGGUAUUCUUAUUGAGAAAUGCUUAUUAAUUGUAUUAUGCUGAUUGUCUCGAGAACCAAAUUAAAUCAUCAACCGUUGGGAAAAUAAAAUUUUAUGCCGUUAAAUUUUAUUUACCUUUAUGGGAAUUAAAAUGAAUUAUUUGAGAAUGCAUUACAACUAAUGAUAUCAUUUGAUGAAAAUAGAAAAUAAAUAUUUUAAAUAUAAAAAAAA